AUAUAAAUCUGUUCCUCACGUCACACGCUACCGCAGAACAGGUUUCCGGCUUUCAUCUGUGCUUGGCCACAGGCUCUUUCAUUCCCUUACUCACGACCGCCAUGUUCCUCGUCCUCGUCUCCUUAUUUUUCUUUCUUCUUUCCGUCGCUGCAGAGCCUGUACAUGUCUCCAUAAGGAACAACGGCCCCCGCGAUGUUGAUUACGCAGCUGCUGCGGAAUCCCUCAGGGCAAAGUACGGCUAUUUCCCCGCAUCCCAGAGCAGGCGGGCUGGAAAAAGGCAGAGUACUGCUGGUAUUGGUAUUGUGGAUCAAAACACCGACGCGAGUUAUUUUGCGACCGUCGACAUUGGAACGCCGGCCCAACCGUUCAAUGUAAUUCUCGACACAGGCUCUGCAGAUCUCUGGGUCGCCGAUACGAAUUGUUUGAGCUGUUCUUCUUCGACGCCUUUGUUCAACUCACAGUCAUCAUCAACAUUACAAACGGCGUCCGGCAGCAACUCUCAGACUACCAUACGUUAUGGCUCGGGCGCCGUGGCUGGAACUCUCUCCUCUGAUACAGUGGCAAUGGGAGGUUUCACCGUGAACCAGCAAACUUUUUUGGCUGUUGAUCAGACAACAAGCAGUUUGUUAAGCGGUUCCGUGUCUGGUAUCAUGGGUCUCGCUUUCGAACAGAUUGCUUCUACGCAGGCAACGCCCUUUUGGCAGGCCCUCGUCAAUGGAAACAAGUUGACAUCUCCGGAAAUGAGCUUUUGGCUCGCCCGGCACCGUGGUGAAACAAAUGUGCAAUCAGAAGAAUCUGGAGGCGUGUUUACGCUCGGAGGAACCAACUCCACCCUAUUCACGGGAGAUAUCGAGUUUUUGAACAUGCCCGCGUCGGCGUCAUUCUGGCUUCUAGAGCUCCAAGCCCUCACCGUCCAAGGCAAAAGCGUCGCUUUAACCACGAGCGGAACUACGGCAUUAUCUGCGAUCGACACUGGAACCACUCUGAUUGGUGGCCCGUCCGAAGACGUCGCUGCCAUAUGGGCUCAGGUUGAAGGUGCACAGCAGGCCCGAGGACAGCAAGGGUUGUACACGUUCCCAUGUAGCACCAACGUCGAGGUGACAAUGUCGUUUGGUGGCAAGUCGUGGCCGAUCAGUAGCCAGGACAUGAAUCUGGGCCCCGCAACCACUGGCAGCAGUAUGUGUCUUGGGGGAAUCUUUGACCUCACUGCCGGAAGCAACAUCCCGGAAGGAACUGGGAAUCCGGGAUGGGUUGUCGGUGCAACGUUUUUGAAAAAUGUAUACUCUGUGUUCAGGGACUCGAAUCCUCCAGCAAUUGGAUUUGCCCAACUAUCGAGUGCAGCAGGGGGAUCAGGCACCCCCGGAGCGGCGCCAAGUGGAACGACGACAAACAGCACUAAUGCGGCAGCAGUGGUCAAUAUAUCUCGGAUAGUAGGCCUAUUGAUUCCAGGACUGGUGGUCCUGUCUUGCUUCUGGUUUUUAUAAUUAAUGGACUCUUACUGAUCUGGAUAAUAAACACGUACCAGUAAUAAUAGUGAUGUUUUACGGGUAUGUCCUGAAAAAUGGAUGCUAGGCAGCUCUGAGUACUGCCAAAUUAAAUUUAUGA